CAAUAUGGUCGCCGGUUGUUUACGUCGUCCACGUGAGAUACCGCCGGUGUUUAAGAAGCGCCCUUGGAAAUGGUUAUAACUGUGAUUAUUUCAUGAAGUACACUUGUAGAAAGCCGUAAGAUGUCCCUGUCGGAAAACAGGAAAAAGAUGUUCCAAUAUUCGCUCUCUCAGAUCGAAACCUGCAUCGAAAACGGCACAUUCGGCAGAGCGCUCGCACAUUUCUGCGUCGUCUUCAAGCUUCAGCCGUCUACGAAGAGCGAUCUCAAGGAGCCAUUCUUGCUCGCAGUUGGUAAGCACACCGAGAAAUUGGAAGCCGAAGAAAGGUGGACAGAACUGUUCGAUUGCUACGAGGAGCUACUGAAAGCAUACUAUUCGUGUGAAGAACUACACCACUCGCUGGGAGCACUGUUGCUGAGGCAUGGCCACGUAAAAGCGGCAGCAUGCAGCAUACGGAAGGCACUGGAGAUCAACCCAAACUUCACAGCAGCUCGUCAGAGCUUAGAUGGGCUCAGGACGCUGCUCGUAGAGCGCUGGCACUUCAGGAUGUUGAACGACUUAUCAAGAAAUGAAGCUUUUCAUGAUGCCAUCACAACUGCUGUUCAGAGUGGUCACAAGCGUGUGCUUGACAUUGGAGCGGGAACUGGACUAUUAAGCCUAUUUGCCCUCUCUGCAGGUGCGGAAAAGGUGUACUCAUGCGAGGUGUCCCCAACUUCGUGCGAAGUGGCACGCACUGUAUUUGAUGAGAAUGACUUUGGCACCAAAUCCCGCAUAAUUAAUAAGCACUCCACCGAUCUUACCAUUCCUGGUGACCUUGAUGAGCGUGUCACACUUUUGGUUACUGAAACAUUCGAUGCUGGCUUGUUUGGAGAGCAUGUUCUGAAGAGCCUGGACCAUGCCUGGGAGCAUCUCUUGAACGAGGAACGAUCUGCCUGCUGCCAACCAAAAGCUAUGGUAAUUCCUGAAAGUGCUGAGGUAUUUGCUUGCCUAGUUGAAAGCCAAUGGAUAAGGAGUGGGCAAAGGGUUAGCAGAGAGGUGCUAGAUGGUGUUUUGAAGUUGGAAAAUGUCGAACUCAAGGCUGCAUGCGAUGACGAACAACCAUACGACUCUGAGAAACUCGGCCGAAUAAAGCACGGCUUCCAGAGGCUUUCUGAACCUUUCCGUCUGUUCUCGGUGGAUUUCAACGAUCACAAGGAGAUUAAAAACUUCAUCAAAGGCAUUCGAUGGAGAGAGGAAGUCUGUUGCACUCAGUCUGGCAUCGUAGAUGCUGUUUGCUUGUGGUUUCGGCUCAAAGUAGGAGAUGCUUGGCUGGACACGGGACCAGACUCAAACAGCUGCUGGGAACAAGCCAUAUUCACUGGUCCAAGUGCACAAGUGUCAUGUGGCGAAGUAGUGGAGCUCAAGGUGACCUGCCAGGGCCACAUAACCAUGCAAUGCGUCUUGCAGUCAUCAAGCAAUGCCCCUCCAAAGGAAGUGCUGAGCUUGGAGCCUGCCAUUGUUCGUGCGAUUAAUUCGCAAGCUCAUGUAAUGGCGCAUAUUUCCGAAAAACUGAGUGGGACACUUGAAGAGCACUCCUCGCAAAGUAUACUGGAUAUUUCGUGCAUUCCAAUCCUAGGCUUGCUUCUUGUGCAGCGUCGACCAAAUUGGAGGCUCACAUGUGUGCACAACUUGGACUCGAAAGACCUUGUUGACCAUUUUGUGAAAGCUCACAAGUUGGAAGCUGCUGUUAAUGUGGUCGACAGCCUGGAGGAACUGUACAGUGAGAAACAGGAGGAGUAUGAUACGUUUAUUGUGAAUGUUUUUGAGCCAUCUGGGCUUCUGCGGCAGGGUGUUUUUGAAGACAUCGCACUUCUAAGGAAGAGCUGCCUUAAGAAUGACGUUACAAUGGUUCCUUCUUCAGUAACUCUCCGUGCUUUACUAGUUGAGAGUGAAGCAUUGGAAGAACAGUCGCGUCUUGUAUCUGAUGGCCGUACCCUUGGCUUCAGAAUUUCAGAUUCCAUCAAUGCUUUUCAGGUCCAGAUGCAGCAAGACAUCUGCUUUGCAACACUUCCACAUCGCCCACUGUCUGAUGUGUUCACCUUGCUGGAAAUCAACAUGUCCAACGUUGGACUUGACUUGCCCGAAAUCUUGGCAGUUCGGUCCGUGCCUUUGCUGCAAACUGGUCGGAUAUCAGGAUGCUGCUAUUGGUUCGAACAGGAGUGCUUUGGUGGAAUCACUUUGAGCAGCUACAGUGAUGAAGACUCAUCUCUGCAAGCAGCUGUUGUGUUUAGCAGUGCAGUCCACGGGACUGCGGGGACUACGGCAAGGGUUGGGACUUCAUGUGUGGACAGUAGUAUCAGCAUUUGGCUCGACAACGUAAGAAAUGGAAAAGUACUUCAGUAAAGGUCUUGGUGGCAAA